CUCCCCCACUCGUAAAGCUUCACUCUGGAGGAGCAAGUUAUCACGGAGGGUUGGUCAACCUGGCACCAAGGGACCCCCCCAACCCCCCUUCUAUUUACCAACAACAGGCGUCUAUUUUCCAACACUGUACCGUCCUGGCACACGGACCUGCUCUGAAAAGAACCUUCCCUCUACCUCCACAAAUAAAUGUCAAGAGAAACAACGCAAGAGCCAAGAGAUAAGGAUUCCUGCUCGGUAGAAGAGGAGAGAAUCACGAAGAGUCGGACCAACACGUUGAGAAAACUGAAAAAGCGCACGGGUCGUGGCUACUUUCUUUCUCAAUGCAUACUCUUUGUGCCCGAGGAACCAUGAAGCCUGAGAUCAGCGCCGCGGUGACUUUUCUGUCGAGAUUUCUGAGGGUAAAAGGACACGUAAACGAUCGACAGGUCCAAACAUUCAACCAAAGCUUACAGGACAUUUUGUCAGAGCAGUAUCAGCACCACUGGUUCCCAGACAGACCAUGCAAGGGUUCGGGCUACAGAUGCAUCCGUAUCAACCACAAGAUGGACCCUCUGGUGGGACAGGCAGGCCAGCGCAUCGGCCUGACCAUCCAGCAACUCUACCUGCUGCUGCCCAGUGAGCUCACACUCUGGGUGGACCCAUUUGAGGUUUCCUACCGCAUCGGCGAGGACGGCUCCAUCUGUGUCCUGUAUGAGUCGCAGCCCUGCCCCGUUAUGCCUGCAAUGUCCUCCGCCAUGUCCCCCUCAGGAAACAGCGGGUCUGGGGGCCCCAUGGUGGACAGUCACAUCAGCUGCAAGGAGGAACUGAUGGUGCUGGGCAGAACCAGUCCCUCCAAAUCCUACAAUAUGAUGACUGUGUCCAGUUAAAGAGGCACACUGUCACCCCGGCCUACUUUUGUUCAGGGUCAUGCCGUGGCUGGUCAGGUCAUGUGGCCAGAUCAGGGUGAGCCUUUUUGAAGCUAAGAAUAUGAAAGGAAAUAGUGAAAGAAGAGAAAAGGAAAAAAAAAAAAAAAAAGAGGAUGUGGCCUAUCGUUCAGGUGAUGGAAACCUUUGUUCAAAAUUUCCCCCUCCCCCCCAUUAUCAUCCGUUUUGUUGUGUCAUUGGAUCAGCCGAGCACUCCGGUUUUUAAGGAGAGGCUUUGUGGAAAUGGAACUGUUGGGGCAGCUAAACCAACCAACCAGGAACCCCCAUGGAGACUGACUCCACCUACCCCCCCUCGACUGUAAACAACAUGGUGAUCAGCUCCAUCUCUGAAGGGGCUUCAUUGACUUUGCACUUUCUUACUUGUGGUUAUUAUGGGUACAUGUUCAACACACAACCGCGAAACACCAAAACCUAAAUUGUAAGGAAUUAAUAUCAGGAACUAGCCCUUGAAUUUCAAAAUCCAGAGGUUAUUCAAUUUGCAGUUUUCACUUGUAUUGUUUCCUGGGCGGGGAGGAAGUUAGAGUCCAAGCCCAAGAUAAAGAAACACCCAAUGAGAGCAUCUCUAUUUUCUAUAAGACCCCCUUUUUGGACCACAGGGAUUUCGUUUUCUUUAUCUUGUAGCUGGCAAGACGCUUUCAGUCUUUACUUUGCCUCCUCCCCCUUUUUCAUCAACAUCAAACCCCAGAAAAACUUAUUCUCAACGUCCUUUCAGUAUGUAAGUGCGAGUGGACUGUGUUGUGACACCUGUGGGCACCAGUGUGUCCUGUUGCACUGUCGCCCUCCCCCAACACCCUUGUAUUUGUAGCUUUCUGGGGUUAAGGCAAGGGAUCUAUUUCCUACCCUUCUCCCCCGGGUUAAUGAAUGUUGUCACAAUCAAGUUCCUGUGUUGUUAAUUUGCCCCCUUUCCUCACAUCACUUUAUCUCCUGCAUCGCCAAAAUUCAAAGUGUAGCAAAAGGGGGGCUAUUUUACCCAAAUUGUGGUCAUGUGGCCCUGUUAGAUUUGACAUUGAAUGCACUUUGACGUGAGAUUGUGUGGGAUGUGUACUUUUUUUGAGAAAUCGCCUGCAUUCCAUCCAUUCGAAUGUCAUCUUUUCACAGCGUUUUUAUUGCCCUCCCCAUUUUUAGCCGUUUGUUCAUACUGUAGCUCCCACGUUGGGAUAGACUGAUGUCUAUUAAAUAGGGAGUGUGCAUCUCUGGAUUUCAAACCUUUUUUUUACACUGUAUUUGUGAACAUUUCAGAACUUUUGAUUUUAGGUGGAGAGUACUUUUGGUGGUAUGUUAGAAACUCUGUCAUCCGUUCAUAUGGCACCGUUUGCUCUGACAGGAUUCAGAGCUAAGCAGCCCUCCCCCCUAGACACACACACACAGAUGGUGAUUUAUGUUGCUCAUAGAAGAAAAAAGGAAGUCUGGACUAAGUGAUAACUGUGUGAGACUUUGGCCAAAGGGAGGUCUGUAGCACCGACUGUUCAGAGAUUAAUUUUAACUUUAAACACCAGGCCUCAUCAGUCUUCUAUUUUAACUUAAGAUUUCCAAGGUCUUGUAAAAGGAGAGACGUAACCUUAUGUGUGCAUUGCCUUACGAAGACCUCAUUGUAAGGAAUUAUGAGCCAUUGUGAUUUUAAACCAAGUUUAGUCAGUUUAAGUCCUGCCCGGACCCUCAAUGGAGGUGUCUAAUUCCAGCCUGGCAGCUUCCCACCCCCAACCUCCCUGCUCCUCCUGGUGUGGGGUUAGAGUGCCUCAAGUGCCACAUAUCACCCCUCAGCUCAGACCUCCUGUUCAGCCAAAAGCCAGCCAGCAUGCUGCUAGCCGACCCCCUGUGGAUGCAGGUAGACUUAAUGUGACACAUAUCAUCAUCCAUCGCUGUGGGGGGCUGGGUAAGGAAGGUGGGGAUGGGGAGCUGGUGUGAGAGAGGGGGGGCCAGGGCCGGACUCUUUUUGUCCAGGGCAGCUAAAAUCCCUCCAGCCCCCUCUCUGGACUUAUUCAACAUCCCCCACCAAGCCCUCGACCCUCCCUCAGCAGUGAUGGAUACUAAUAAAACUAAAACCAGCACACGCACUUGGCGUGCUCAAGCUGCACUGGGGAGGGGGCUAGUGAGAGACGAGGAAACAUGGAUCAAAGAUGAAGAAUCAAGGGUACUAGGCCAUUGUUUUCUGUUUUCAUCUCACUGGAUUGUGCUGCACUCGAUUACUGAGUUUGAGUAGCAACUUUGUUUACAUGCAUAUGAAAGGGUGUGAUGGCUGUCUGACGUACCCCAGUUCACUCCUGGUUGAGAGGUUAGCGGCAAGCUGGAGCAGAUGCUGUGGCGGCUUCUGGCCUUAGCCGCUGGUCGAAUCUGUCAUGGCAGGCUGCUUCCCCGCUCAUCACCAGACCUAUGGGUGUUUAAGCUCCCCUAAGCUCGAGAGGAUCAUGGGUAAUAGAGCUAUAGCCUUUGACGCACUGCAACCCCUAACCCAUCCUGCCCUGCUCUCUGUUGAUAGUCCCUUCAGCAAUCUGUGAAAAGCAGUGAUUCCAUGUUGGCCAGAUGGAGAGGAGCUCGCUGGGAUGGGAGCCCAGAGCUUUGGUUUCCAUGGUGGACACCAGUUUUAAAACCACGCUGCUCCAUUAUAGCUUUGUUUAUGUCAUGUGACAAGAUGUUUUGAGAUUGGUCUAUAUUUCCGACGCGAGAUGAUCGUCUCGUCUCACUUUUCUCUCGAUGUAUGUUAUGGUCACACUGGUAGAUUUUAUCAUCUUUUCCACUCUGCCAUCCCCCCCUUAUCCUCCCCAUCCUAUUUUUAAAGAGGAUUUUUAGUCUGGUGAUCUAACCCCCCUUUAACAGACCUUGUUUUUAGAUCUAUAAUAGAAAAAUUCAACCCAACUCCUAUUGGACACCUUCUCAACUGUACUACCACCACCCGAAAUGGUUCAAGUCCUCAGUAAUAUUGAUUAUUUCAAUGGCAUCCAUUCAGCUUGUGCGCACAUAGGUUACAGAAAUGUCAUGAGUGCUUUGAGUAGUCAGAGGUAAAAUAGCACAUAAAAUGCACUAAAUAUGUCAAGUUGAAGUUGUGUGACAUUUAUUUGAGACACGAGGAGUCUCUCCUGGAAUGUAUUGCCAAACUCAGGCCUCAGACAUUCAAUAAAAACCCUUGUGGAGAAGUUGUGCAUGUUAAGACAUGAAACCGGAAGGGAACAGCAGUUUCGUUUUUGAUGUUGUUGUCGUCAAACUUGUCAUCGGUUAGUUGAAUUAUUGCCACUUUCACAUUUGAGGUGUUUUGCAUAUUGUAGAAUGUAUUGUAACUGUACAAAAUAUGGUAGAGUACAUAACAUUACACAUGGGAAGUGCCAAUAAUUGCUAUCCUGAGGUGUUUUUAGAUUUAUUCCUUUUUGUAUUUCAUCUUUUAACAUGGAUAAUGCUUUUCGUAACUGAAGCCAUUCGUGAUGGGAGUGUUGGCAAGGACCAAAGUUGUUUUGGUAAAAAAAAUAUUAGUUUCCAUGAUCUGUAAGUGUAGAUGUAUCCUUUGUUUUUUUUUUUCCUUUAUUUCUUUUCAGUUUUUUCCUCUUUUUUUUUUGCUAUUUACGUACAAAACCAGAAAAUAGACAAAAAAAAUCUGAGCUUACCCAAGAAGAAAAGCUGUCUAUCUUGUGAUCUCAUGUCAGUACAUCUUUAUUGUGUUCAGUUUCUUUUCCUUGGGUAUGUUGUGAUGAACUGCUGUAAAUUUGUACAGUUCAUGUAAAUUGAUUGUGCGGAAGUUGUACAGAUUUCUAUAUUUUGGAAGAAAAGUUUUUUUUCUCUGUAAUAAAAGAUUUCCUAUCUUGGCAUCAUA